CCGGAUCGUAACCCGAGUGAGUCGCCGAGGUCGAGGCUGAAUUGUGUUGUUGUGAUUCGGGUGUCGGUGCCCAGCUGAGGAACAGGAGAAGAAUGAGCGGGGGCAUCGGGGCCUCAAACUCAGCUGCGGGGCCCGAGCAGCUGCUCCGCUGUCAGGAGAGUUACGCGUGUAGCGGCUCGGAGGCGGCCUUCGAGUGUGAUGAGUGCGGCAGCCUGCAGUGCGCCGUGUGUGAGCGGGAGCUGCACAGUCAGCCCCGACUCCGGGACCAUGAGAGGAGCCGCCUGAGACCCGGGCACCUCCCGUACUGUGACCAGUGCAACGGCAACAAGCCGAGCGGGGGCCGGCGCCGGGCCUGCUGCCGCUGCCUGGCCUGCAAGGUCAACGUGUGCGCCGAGUGCCACCGCCGGGGCCACUCGAACCGCCGCAAGCACCCGGUCAGUAACUACCCGCAGCCGGAGGCCGAGGCCGGGCCUGGGGAGGACCAGAAACAACAGGCAGAACUUGACAAUCUGAGGAGCCAGACCACCAGCAGCUUCCUUCUGGUGGAUGAGCAGGAACAGAUCCAGGUGGCAGAUGAAGAGGAAUUCAUUCAGAAACUCAGCUGCAAAGCAGAUGAAAACCUCAAAGUAGUCUCAAUCUUUGGCAACACAGGUGAUGGCAAAUCUCAUACCCUUAACCAUACCUUUUUCUACGGGCAUGAAGUUUUCAAGACCUCCCCUGCUCAGGAAUCCUGCACAGUUGGUGUGUGGGCAGCGUAUGAUCAUGUUCAUCAUAUUGUUGUCAUUGACACUGAAGGCUUACUGGGAGCAACAGUCAACCUUGGUCAAAGAACAAGACUGCUCCUCAAAGUACUUGCAAUAUCUGAUAUAAUUAUUUACAGAACUCGUGCAGACAGAUUACACAAUGACCUCUUUAAGUUUCUCAGUGACGCAUCUGAAGCCUACCUUAAACAUUUUACAAAGGAGUUGAAAGCUACCACUGCAAGGUGUGGAUUGGAUGUUCCAUUAUCUACUCUGGGACCAUCAGUCAUAAUCUUCCAUGAGACAGUUCAUACUAAAUUACUGGGAUCUGAUAGACCUUCAGAGAUGCCAGAAAAGCUUCUGCAGGAACGAUUUCGCAAACUUAGUCGGUUUCCAGAAGCUUUCUGUUCCAUUCAGUAUAAAGGGACCAGAACAUAUAAUCCUCCAACGGACUUUUCCGGAGUGUUACGGACCAUUGAACAGCAAUUGAACAACAACGCAACUCGAUCACCCAGACCUCCAGGAAUCAUUUUCAAGGCAUUGAAAGCUUUGAGCGAUCGUUUUAGUGGAGAAAUUGCAGAUGAUCAGAUGGCUCACAGUUGCUUCUUCCCUGAUGAAUAUUUCACUUGUUCUUGCACAUGUCUCAGCUGUGGGAUUGGAUGCAAGAACAGUAUGAAUCAUGCAAAAGAUGGCAUUCCUCAUGAAUCUGAAAGCCGCUGCAGUUACUCUCACCAGUAUGAUAACAGAGUGUACACCUGCAAGUCCUGUUAUGAGCAUGGAAAAGAAGUGAUUGUCGUGCCGAAAACAUCUGCUUCCACGGACUCGCCAUGGUUGGGUCUUGCCAUAUAUGCUUGGUCAGGGUAUGUGAUUGAGUGCCCAAAUUGUGGCAUUAUUUAUCGUAGUCGGCAAUAUUGGUUUGGUAACCAGGAUCCAGUGGACACUGUGGUGCGAACAGAAAUUGAACAUGUUUGGCUUGGAAGUGAUGGAUUUCUGAAGGACAAUAACAAUGCUGCGCAGCGAUUGCUGGAUGGCAUGAAUUUGAUGGCACAGUCAGUUUCAGAAUUUGGUGCAAAACCAACCAAAGCAGUGACAGCCUGGCUGACAGACCAGAUUGCACCAGCCUACUGGAGACCAAACUCUCAGAUUAUUAACUGUUAUAAAUGCAAUAAACCUUUUGAAGAUCAGGAAACAAAGCAUCACUGCAGAGCUUGUGGUGAAGGCUUUUGUGAUGGUUGCUCAUCAAAAUCUAAGCCUGUUCCAGAACGUGGUUGGGGUUCGGCACCUGUCCGAGUUUGUGAUGGAUGCUACGAAGCUGCAGUAAUCAGAACAGAUGUUGAAGAUGAAGAUGGUGAUGAAAGUGGUACAAUUAUUGCACGGAAAGUUGGUGAAGCUGUGCAGAACACCUUUGGCGCAGUGGCCACAGCCAUCGAUUUUCCAUUAGGUCUUGUGAAAGAUGCAGCCAGACCAUCCUACUGGGUGCCUGACCACGAGAUCAUUAAUUGUAGCUAUUGUCGGAAAGAGUUUACUGCAAAGAUGUCCAAGCAUCACUGCCGAGCCUGUGGGCAGGGCUUUUGCAAUGAAUGCUCUCAGGAUCGGCGGACAGUCACUUCGCGUGGAUGGGACCAUCCUGUGCGAGUCUGUAUAAACUGUAAUAAAAAGCCAGGUGACCUUUGAUGGGCACACUUAGAAAAGACAAUGCUGUUAUAAUAUCAAAUUUUAACCCAUUUAUUCAUUUCUUAAUUAUUACAUAUGCAUGACACUUCAAAAAUGGAAUAGAAUUGUUAAAAUAGUUCUUAACCCUGCAAUUUCAUUAACUCCUCAAGAGGUAUAUUUUUUAAAGGUUCUGGCUAAUAACCAGACUUCAGUAGAAAGUUGGUCAUAUCACUGUAGAGAAUUGUUUUCUUAUUCAACUGUGUUCAGAUAUUCCUUAGUAACACUCCUCAGAACUGACCUUUCUAUAAAUCCUGUGUUUGUAUGGAGUGAGUUGGCAAGUGUGCUUAUUACAAGAGCUACACAUUACAAGAAGUGACAUCUGCUUGUUUGGAUGAUACCUGCAGUUUUAUUACAUCCGUACAUAGAGCAGCACCCCGUAGCUUUUUCAGUAAUAGUAUUGUUAAGGCAGUCACAAGUGGCCCCACAGUGCUGCCAGUCCCCAGUGUAUCGAUAUAAGUCCACAGUGAUGCAGAUUUCUCCCCUUUUUUUUGAUAUAGUUUUAAAAAUGUACUGAAGAGCAAGUUCCUGAUAAUUUGACACAUUUUUGAAAAGUUUAUUUAUUUAAAAACAUCGCAAGUUUAGAGAUUUGUAGCUCAGGUUGAGGUUCUGGAUGUAAGUUUGCUCGCUGAGCUGGAAGGUUCGUUUUCAGACAUUUCAUUAGGUAACAUCAUCAAUGAGCCUCUAGUGAAGCACUGGUGUUAUGUCCCGCUUUCUAUUUGUGUUUAGGUUUCUUUGGGUUGGUGAUGUCAUUUCCUGUUCUUUUUCUCUGAAGGUGUUAGGUGGGGUCCAAGUCAGUGUUUGUUGAGAGUUUCGGUUGGAAUGCCAUUCUUCUAGGAAUUCUCGCGUGUGUCUUGUAUCAUCCUAGGAUGGAUGUGUUGUCCCAGUCAAAGUGGUAACCUUCCUCGUCUGUAUGUAAGGAUACUAGUGAAAGAGAGUCAUGUCUUUUUGUGGCUAGUUGAUGUUCAUGUAUCCUGAUGGCUAGUUUUCUGCCUGUUUGUCCAAUGUAGUGUUUGUUGCAGUUCUUGCAAAGUAUUUUGUAAAUAACAUUCAUUUUGCAAGUUGUCUGUACAGGGUCUUUCAGGUUCAUUAGCUGCUGUUUUGUGUGUUGCUGUUUUGUGUGGGCUACCAUGAUGCCAUAUUCACAAAAGAGGAGGAAAACAACAACAAAUUGCCAUUUCUAGAUGUCACAGUAGAGCCAACAGCUAAUGGGGAACUUCAAACCAGUGUCUACAGGAAAUGAACACACAAGACCAAAUACUGAACUACAGAAACCAUCAUCCCCACACCCACAAACGAAGCUGCACUGAAAUAUUAUUUCAACAAGCCACCACCCACUGCAGCACAGAGGAACUAUGCAGAGCAGAGGAAAAUCACCUCUACAGUGUAUUCAAAAAGAAUGGGUACUCAAUGAACACAGUCUGCCAAUUUCUCAGCAACAAACCCCAACAAACAGACAAAAUGUGUCCAGAAACCCUCGCCACUCUCCCCUACAUCAAAGAAAUCUCGGAAAUGACUGCCAGUCUCCUCAGACUCUUGCAUCAUCGUAGGCAUCAUUGCCACAAACCUACCAACACACUAAAACAGCAGCUAAUGAACUUGAAAGACCCUAAACAGACAACAGCAAAACACAUGUUAUUUACAAAAUACUUUGCAAGAACUGUGGCAAACAGACAGAAAACUAGCCAAACAGAGGCACCAUGAGAAUUCCUAAAAGCGUGGCAUUCCAACUGGAACUCUUAUCAACAACCCACCAAUGUGGACCCCAUCUACCAUCCCCUUGGGGGAUGACAUCACCGACACAGGAAAUUACAUCAACCCAAGGAUACCAAAGCACU